UCAAGGUCAAUGAUUCAGUCUCUGCUGUCUGAGAAGUGUAACUGCAUCUGGAUAGGAGCCCAGGUGCUAGCCAUGGUAAUCCCCAGCGACGCCGAGGUUCCAGAGGGCGGGGCGCCCCAACCAGCCCUGUGUCUCCCCCUCCCUGCUGAUCCUAAAGCCCUUGAGGAAACUGCUCGACAGGACACAGCUCCUCUAGCAGGCAGCAGCAGCAGCACAGAAUGUUGGGGCGCUCGCCACACCCUGGCUUUUCUCGGCAGCCUCGGCAUCACCGUCAUGUACACCAUCCGCAUCUCCCUCUCGGUUGCCAUCGUCGCCAUGGCAACGACGACGCCAUUAAACUCCUCCAACGCCACCAACGGAAGCGCCGACGUUUGCCCGCCGCCCGACGAUUAUGAUCCUCAGGAGACAAAUCAGAAUGGUGAGUUCGACUGGGACCCAAAGGUCCAAGGCGCGAUCCUCGGCUCCUUCUACUACGGCUACGCCUUCUCGCACAUGCCGGUCGGGAGAGCAGCCGAAUACGUGGGCGGGAAGCUCUUGUUCGGCCUGGGGCUUCUGCUGGCCUCCAUAUUUACCCUCCUGACGCCGAUUUGCGCUGAAAUCUCUACCGGGAUGUUCAUCGCCCUCAGGGUCGCCGAAGGCCUCGUCCUGGGAGGUUGUUUCCCUGCCAUGAACACCCUGCUGGCCACAUGGUUUCCUCCGGCAGAGAGGAGUAAAUACACGACACUAGUCAUGACAGGCCAGAACGUAGGAACGGUGAUAGCCAUGCCCGUGACCGGCUGGCUGUCGAGCUCGGAGGAGCUGGGCGGAUGGCGAACCGCCUUCUACGUCUUCGGCACCUCCGGCCUUGUGUGGAGCAUCGCCUGGUUCCUGCUGGUGCACGACAGGCCCGAACAUCACCCGAGAAUCUCUGAUGCAGAACUACAGUACCUUCUCUCCUACAAAGAAGUCAUGAAAGAAGCCAAGGUCACGCCGUUGCCUUGGUAUGACGUACUAACCUCCCCAUACGUGUGGUUGGUGACACUGGCUUCCGUCGGGGACACCCUUGGCUUCUACACUAUUAUCACGGAACUUCCCACAUACCUCGCUAAUAUCCAACAUUUCGAUAUGAACAGUACUGGGAUUUUGUCAGCGUUACCAUAUGCGGUGGCUUGGGUCGCCAGCUUGUUCUGGGGCUUCCUGGUGGAGAAGCUCGCCUCGUCCGGGAGGAUGACCAUCCUGCAGAUCAGGAACAUGUCCAUGGCCAUUUCAUACUACCUGCCCACCCUCUGCCUGGUGGGGAUGUGCUUCAUUGGCUGCAACGGCGUGCUAGCCAUGGUUCUGCUGUGCCUGGCGGUCGGUCUGGCGACGCCCAACAUGGCAGGCUAUCUCUGCGCUCACCAAGACCUGGCUCCUAACUUCGCCGGUACUCUGAUGGGCUUCACAAACACCUUCGGUUCCUUAAUGGGCGUGGUUGCUCCAGCGCUCACGGGAGCCAUCACGUAUAAUAAUCAAACUCUGGCGGCCUGGCGAGAGGUGUUCCUCAUCUCGGCCGGCACCUACGUCGUCACCUGCACCAUCUACAUAGCCUUCGUGACCGCAGACGUCCAGCCCUGGAACGACCGCAAGAAGACAAAGGCGAGAUAGAGACCAUAGAGAUAUGGGUGGGAAUGGUUUCGUGUUCUAGAAACUGUAUAAAUACAUGAGUCGUGGUAAU